CUAAAGGAAGUUAAACACAUGCUUAAGUGUAUGAAUGGGCUGCCCCGUAAUGUGAUUUCAGAUGGAAGUGCCUGUAGGCUACGGAGCUUCAUUAAAAAGAAUCGUUCUGGGCUUACCAAAGUGGAUGAACUAAAUGCCACCCCACUGCAUCAUGCUGCAGAAGGAGGUCAAAUAGAAUUAAUGCAGCUGAUAAUAGACGAUUCUUCCUGUGAAGUAUUAAAUGUGAUGGAUUCUUCUGGAAAUACUCCACUGCACUGGGCCACAAAGAAAAACCAGGUUGAAAGUGUUAGUUUGCUUCUCAGCAGAGGAGCCAAUCCAAACAUUCUCAACUCCAAUAUGAUGGCACCUUUGCACAUGGCCGUGCAGUCCCUGCAUAAUGAAAUCGUUAAGAUUUUAGUCCAGCAUAGCAGUACAGAUGUUAAUUUGGAAGGUGAAGCAGGGAACACACCUAUAAUUGUAGCAUGUUACAAGGAUAAUCCUGAAGCACUGACACUCCUGAUUGAAAAUGGAGGGAAAAUAUGUAAACCCAACAAAACGGGAUGUAUGCCUGUCCAUGCAGCUGCAUUUUCAGGUGCAAAAACAUGUAUGGAAAUUCUUUUAAAAAAAGGUGAAGAAUUGGGUCACUCUGCUAAAACCCACAUCAAUUUUACCAAUAAUGGAAAGUGCAGUCCACUUCAUUUGGCAGUUCAAAGUGGGGACCUUGAAAUGAUUAAAAUGUGCAUUGAAUUUGGAGCCCAAAUUGAUCUAAAACAGAAUGAAAAAUGCACAGCACUUCAUUUUGCUGCCACUCAAGGAGCAACUGAGAUUGUAAAGUUAAUGAUGUCAUCCUAUGCUGGUGAGGAAUCCAUUAUUGAUGCUGUAGAUGGGAAUAAGGAAACAUUGCUUCACAGGACAGCAUUGUUUGAUCAUUAUGAACUGGCAGAGUAUUUGAUUUCAAUGGGGGCUAAUAUUGAUAGUGUUGACAUAGAAGGUCGAUCCCCGCUUCUGUUGGCCACUUCCUGUGCAUCAUGGAAAAUUGUGAAUUUACUGCUCUCAAAAGGAGCAAAUGUAUCAUUAAAAGAUCAUCUUGGUCGGAAUUUCUUGCAUUUGACGGUAUUGCAGCCUGGAGGAUUACAGCAUCUGAAUGAGAAAUUUCUGCAGAUGGAACAUAUUAAAAAUCUUGUAGUGGAUGAAGAUAAUGAAGGAUGCACUCCACUGCAUUAUGCGUGCAGACAAGGUGUGGCCCUCUCUGUAAAUAAUUUACUCAGCCUCAACGUUUCCAUCUACUCUAAGAGCAGGGACAAGAAGUCACCAUUACACUUCGCUGCCAGCUAUGGGCGCAUCAAUACAUGUCAACGACUUAUAAGAGAUAUGAAAGACACAAGACUUUUGAAUGAAGGUGAUAAGAAGGGAAUGACUCCCCUUCAUUUGGCAGCCCAGAAUGGUCAUGAGAAGGUAGUUCAGUUUCUUCUGAAGAGAGGGGCCCUUUUCCUUUGGUAA